AUGUGGAAGUACGUCAACAAGUGGAGUAUACUCAUGUACGGACUCUUCUUUUUCUGUCCACUUCACUUCUCUGUCUACCUCGGUCAUCUAAGUUGGAAAAGAGGUCACAUCCCCAGGCUUCAGUAUAAUGAUCAGAAGUACACCAAGUUUGUCAAUAAUAGGGGACUAAGAGAUAAGUUGCUAUAGACACCAGCUUUAGAGGCUUAUCCAGACUACGAUAAUAGACUGCACUUCAAGGCCAUCAAGCCAUUCCUCGUAAAGCACAGAUAUCUUUGA